AUGAGCACUCCUUUAGGGAUAAACUGCCCAGUUGCACCUGGAAGCCUUCAAGGCUUCAACCUUAUGCCUCAAAUGAUGGCUCAGAUGAUGGCAAGCUUCCCUUGGCAACACAUUAUGAAUCAAGUGCUGGCCACCCAAGGGAACAAUAAUAGCAACAACAACACAGGUGAAAGGAUGGAAGAGGAUUUAGCCAAGCCAUAUAAACCACGCAAUUUGUCAUGCUUCUCCCAGCAAAUCGCUGAUUAUGAUUUCCAAACAAAGAUCAAGAUGUCGUCCCAUAUCAAAACAUAUGAUGGAACUGAAGAUCCAGAGGAUCACCUCCAGAUCUUUACUGGUGCUGCUAGAAUCGAGAAAUGGUCUAACGCUGAAUGCUGCCUCAUGUUCAUGCAAACCCUCGUUGGGUCAGCCAGAAUAUGGUUCAAUGACCUGCCUGCCAGAAGCGUUCGAAGCUUCGAUGACCUUAGCAAAGGGUUCCUGGCCAACUUCUCCCAACAAAGGCGAUACGUUAAAGAUGCGACGGUGAUCUUCCAGAUAAAACAAAGAGAUGAUGAAAGCCUUCAAGAGUUCAUAGAAAGGUAUAAAAAGGAAGGUCUAACAUAUGUGGGGGCAGAUGAAAAGAUGAGAGUGGCCGGUUUUAUGAACGCCAUCACCUCCAAAUAUCUUACAAGGGAUUUCAACAAGUCCCUGCCAAAGACCUUGGAAGAAGCUCUCGAAAGGGCCGAAGCCCACAUCAGAGGAGAGGAGGCUGUAGACAUAAAGGAGCAGAGAAAAAGGGGAUGUAGCUGGCAAGGCAAUAGCCCUGCUAGAAAGAAGGGAAAUUUUCAUUCCUAUGACAGACGCCAAAGGGAGAAGGUCGUAAACUUUACAGCUCUUACAAAAACUCCACAGGAGAUCCUUGCUACAGAGGAAGUGAAACAAAGCUUCCGACCUCCUAGACCUCUCCCUAAAAGCAAAAGGAAUGAAAAUUCCACCCAGUUUUGUGAAUUUCAUGAGGAGAAGGGUCAUCAUACUAACGAUUGCUUUCAACUCAAAAAGAGGAUUGAGGAGGUCGUCAAGUCCGGAGAGCUUGCCCACUUAGUGAAGGGGGUAAGGGACAAGAUAGCUGAAGGAAAAAAGCAAGGAGGUUAA